CAACUUAAAAAAAAGUUUGUUGUCUUUGGUUCAAGAUUGACAGAUUCUUUUCUUUUCCCGGCGGGCCGUGUAACAGACCGAGCUCGCCAAAAUGGUGAACAACCGAGUGCCCUCGGUCUUCUCAAAGACCUAUGUAACUCCGCGUCGGCCUUUCGAGAAGGCGCGUCUCGACCAGGAGUUGAAGAUCAUCGGAGAAUAUGGUCUCCGCAACAAGCGUGAGGUGUGGAGGGUUAAGUACACGCUCGCCCGCAUCCGUAAGGCUGCCCGUGAACUGCUGACCCUCGAAGAGAAGGAUCCCAAGAGACUGUUUGAAGGCAAUGCCCUGCUCCGUCGUCUCGUGAGGAUCGGAGUGCUGGACGAGAAACAGAUGAAGCUUGAUUACGUGCUUGGUCUUAAAAUUGAAGACUUCUUGGAGCGCCGUCUGCAGACCCAGGUCUUCAAAGCUGGUCUCGCCAAGUCCAUCCAUCAUGCCCGCAUCCUGAUCAGGCAGAGACAUAUCCGCGUCCGCAAGCAGGUGGUGAACAUCCCCUCAUUCAUUGUCCGCCUGGACUCUGGCAAGCACAUUGACUUCUCCCUGAAGUCUCCGUUCGGCGGCGGCCGCCCUGGCCGCGUCAAGAGGAAGAACCUCCGCAAGGGACAGUCUGGCGGCGGCGGUAACGACGAAGAAGAAGAUUAAACCAAUAAACUUAUGUUUAUAAGCUA